AUGAGGGAUCGUCUACUGCUCUUUUCUUUCUUCUGCUACCUCUAUCCUGCAAUUGGUGCUUAUAUUAGUUAUAUUAAUAUCACUAUUUGUGUAGGUAUAAGGGAUCUUCUUUUUUUUCUCUUUCCUCUUCUUCUCCUUCUUCUUCACCUCCUUCUUUUUCACCUCUUUCUUUACCUCCUUCUUUUUUUCUCUUACCCUUCUUUCUUUCUUUCUUUUUCUAUCCUACAAUUGGUGCUUAUAUUAUUUAUAUUAAUAUCACAAUUUGUGUGGUUAGAUAUGAGGGAUCUUCUUCUUCUUCUUCCCCCUCCUCCUCCUCCUCGUCUUCUUUCUUUCUUAUUUUCUUCCUUCUUCUACUUUAAUCCUACAAUUAGUGCUUAUAUUAUUUAUAUUAAUAUUACAAUUUGUAGGGUUAGGUAUCAAGUAUUUUCUUUUUCUUCUUCUUCUUCUUCUUCAUCUCCCAUUCUUCUUCUUCUGCUUCUUCUUCUUCUGAUUCUUUCUUUCUUCUUCUUUCCCUCUCCUCCGCAUUCUUCUUCUUCUUCUUCUUCUUCUUCUUUCCCUCUCCUCCGCAUUCUUCUUCUUCUUCUUCUUCUUCUUCUUCUUCUUCUUCUUUCCCUCUCCUUCGCAUUCUUCUUCUUCUUCUUCUUACUUUUCGGCAAUAGUUUAUUAUUAUUAUUAUUAUUAUUGAUGUCAAUCAAUUCAAGAAAAAUGUAUAUGUAUUUAAUUUGUUUAUCAUUACAUAUAUUAGUUAUGAAACCUUCUUUUUCUUCUUAUUGA